CACACCCGGAGACUGAAGUCAGCAGCAGAAGAAGACCCACGCGUGUUGUUGCUGAACGAUGGCGGGUCUCGAGUUGCUGUCGGAUCAGGGAUACCGGCUGGACGGACGGAAAGCGCCCGAGCUGCGCAAAGUGCAGGCCCGCAUGAGUGUGUUCGCGCAGGCCGACGGCUCCGCUUACCUGGAGCAGGGCAACACUAAAGCCCUGGCGGUGGUGUACGGGCCACACGAGACGCGAGGCUCUCGCAGUAAGUCCCUGCACGAUCGGGCGGUCAUCAACUGCCAGUACAGCAUGGCCACGUUCAGCACGGCGGAGAGGAAGAGGCGUCCACACGGGGACCGCAAGUCCAGCGAGAUGAGCCUGCACCUCAAGCAGACCUUCGAGGCCGCGGUGCUGACCGAGCUCUACCCGCGCUCGCAGAUCGACAUCUACGUCAAGAUCCUGCAGGCGGACGGAGGAAACUACAGCGCGUGUGUGAACGCUGCGACUCUGGCGCUGGUGGACGCUGGCAUCCCCAUGCGGGAUUACGUGUGCGCCUGCAGCGCUGGCUUCGUGGAGGACACGGCUCUGGCGGACCUGUGUCACGCGGAGGAGAGCGGAGGCGGCACGUCUCUGGCCUUGGCGCUGCUGCCCCGCAGCGGGAACAUCGCCCUGCUGCAGAUGGACGCGCGGCUCCACCAGGACCACCUGGACGCGCUGAUGGAGGCCGCCAUCACCGCAUGCAAAGGCCUCAGUAAAGUGCUGGACGGCGUUGUGCGUCAGCAUCUGGAGGAGGUUUCGGUUCUUACCAGCGAGUGAAAACGUCCCGCGAACUCAACAGACUGUGUUACCACUGUACUUUUGACUGAAAUGACAAAAAAUGCUUCUGGAAGAAAAUCUCUAUAACAAAAAAAAUAACAAUAACUGUUUUGGUACAACAAAUUGUCAGUUUUGGAAGAAAUGUAAUAAAAAGGUUUUGGUAUGUUUCUAAA